AUGGAGAAGCGAGGCAACGGGAUCGAGAGGUUAACGAACGAAGAUCUGUUAACCGAGGUGCUUUCGAGGCUUCGAGUAAAGUGGUUGCUGCGUUGCAAAGCUGUUUGCAAAGCCUGGUCGUCUCUUAUUUCAAGCCCUAGUUUUAUCAAAUCUCACAUCCAUCGCGUUGCAAAACAAGAUGAUGAUGAUAUCCUGAUCGGACAAAUCUCCCGAUUCGCAGAAGAUGAUGACUUUCAACAAGUAGACGAUUCAUUCUCACUCCUCCACUCCCGUUAUCAUCAAUACGUGGCUCAUCUUAUCUUUCCUUACUCAAAAGGUGAUUAUAGCUUCUGGCCCGACUCUCGUCUGCUUGGUUCUGAUUGUGGCAUCGUUUGUGUUUCUGUCACAGGAGAUAAUACUAGUGAUUUGUAUCUUUGGAACCCUGCUACUAAACGCUCCAAACUUAUUCCACCGUGGACUAUAAAUAUUGAUGAUUUUAGGGAAAGAGUCGCUGUAGGGGUUGGUUUUGAUCUUGUUGAUUUUGAUUUUAAGGUGGUUAGGGUUGUUUUUCUCAUUCCCGCAGAGAGAAAGUUUUUAGGUGAUAAUAGGUAUCUGGCGAUCUAUUCUUCAGACAAAGAUGAGCUUAAAUCUGCAAUUGAGAAUGCUUCUGUCGAGGUCUAUUCUGCAAAGAGGAAUACAUGGGAAAAAAUUCAAGGUCAACUGACUGAUGUUCCGCGCAGACACUGUUUUGAUUUAUGCCUCCGUGGAUUUUUGUUUGCGAUAGGAUAUUAUGGUAUGAUGGCUUUUGAUCUUAACAAGGAGGUUUUUCGUUGUGAUAUUAAGCUCCCGAUAAGUACUGCUGGUUUAUCAACUCUUGUUGUUGACUACAAAGAUUCCAUUGCGGUCAUUAGCUACAAGUUCAGAGGACCCGAUUAUAAGAUUAACUUGUGGACAUUAGAUAAUGAGGCAUGCCUUUGUGGUGGUGAUGGUGGAGUUGAGGCAUCAUGGACUUUCAUGCUUAGUGUUAAUGUAGGUGAGACAUUCGACUAUGCCCGGAUGCUUUUCAACAGUGUUCAAUUUUUACUACUUAUAACUAAUGAGACGGUGGCUGGUGAAUGGUUCUCGUAUGACUUGGUCAAGAAAGUUGGAGAUUUUAUUCAUAUCUAUCCAUUUUUUGACUUCUGUAAUGUUUUUAAGUAUACGGAGAGCCUAGUUUCAAUCCCAGGGAUGAAGCUAAUCGAAUGGCCUGCUGAUGAAGAUGAAAAUGAAGGAAACAAUUCGGAAGAUGACAGUGAUGAGGACAGCUACUGGUCAGAUGAUGGUAAUGUGGAAAGUGAUGCUGAUUCAGAGGUUGAAUAA